AUGCCCUCUCCCGCAUUAUUGGUGUCGUCGACUAAAAGAUUCAACCCAUCAAGGUUGCAAAAGCUAACAUCCGUGCUAGCUAAGGUGUCUCUAUCUACCACCGCUUCAGUGGCAGCACCUUCCUUCGUAUCCUCAACUUCUUCAACCAUCAACUCUACAAGAAGAAAAGUUGCAUACUCGAAGAGAUGUUUAUCUUCAAACGGUGUCGGUUCAUCCGGAACCAGAUCUACCGUGAUCCAACUAUUAAAUAAUAUUAGCACCAAGAGAGAAGUGGAACAAUAUCUAAAAUAUUUUUCAUCCGUCUCACAACAACAAUUCGCCGUCAUUAAGGUCGGGGGCGCUAUCAUUAGUGAUAAUCUACCUGAACUGGCUUCUUGUUUAGCAUUUCUUUAUCAUGUCGGCCUAUACCCAAUCGUUCUUCAUGGGACUGGUCCACAAGUUAAUGGGAGAUUGGAAGCACAAGGCAUUGAACCAGAUUAUAUCGAUGGGAUUAGAAUUACUGAUGAGCAUACAAUGGCUGUCGUCAGAAAAUGUUUCUUGGAACAAAACUUGAAAUUGGUUACAGCUUUGGAAAAAUUGGGUGUACGUGCUAGACCAAUUACUUCAGGUGUGUUCACAGCAGAUUACUUGGAUAAAAGUAAAUAUAAAUUGGUUGGUGAAAUUACUGGUGUCACCAAGGACCCAAUUGAAGCUUCUAUUAAUGCUGGUGCUUUACCUAUUUUGACCUCUCUUGCUGAAACUCCAUCUGGUCAAAUGUUAAACGUUAAUGCUGAUGUUGCUGCUGGUGAAUUGGCAAGAGUUUUCGAACCUUUGAAAAUUGUUUAUUUGAAUGAAAAGGGUGGUAUCAUUAAUGGUGAAACCAAUGAAAAGGUUUCUAUGAUUAAUUUAGAUGAAGAAUAUGAUGAAUUAAUGAAACAAAGUUGGGUUAAGUAUGGUACUAAAUUGAAGAUUAAGGAAAUCAAAGAACUAUUAGAUUACUUACCACGUUCUUCUUCUGUUGCUAUCAUUAAUGUCCAAGACUUACAAAAGGAAUUAUUCACCGAUUCUGGUGCAGGUACUAUGAUUAGAAGAGGUUAUAAGCUUCUAAAGAGAUCCUCUCUAGGUGAAUUUGUCUCUGCUGAUUCAUUGAGAAAAGUUCUUGAAAGAGAUUCUGAUAUCGCUUCAGGUAAGAAGACUGUCGCAUCUUAUUUAACUGAUUUGGAACAUUCCAAUUUCGUUUCUUACUCUGAUGAACCAUUAGAGGCUCUAGCAAUCAUAAAGAAGAAUGACGUUAAGGUGCCUAUCCUCGACAAAUUCUUAUGUUCCAACUCAGCUUGGUUAAACAAUGUUACUGAUAAUGUAUUCAGUGCAAUUCGUCGUGAUUUCCCAGCUUUACAAUGGAUUGUUAAGGAAGACGAUCCAAAUAUCGCAUGGCAUUUUGACAAGUCUCAAGGUUCCUAUUUGAAGAACGGUAAGGUUCUAUUUUGGUACGGUAUUGAUGACUUGAACACCGUUUCUGAAUUAGUUGGUGACUUCGUCAAGUCUGCAACUGUGGGAUCCGGUUCCUCUUCAUCUAGCGGUGUCUUUGCAUCUGCUAAAUCAUCUAGAGCUUACUCCACUAGAUCAACCCCAAGACCAGAAGGAACUAACAAAUCAGUUGGUCGUGUGGCAUUGAUCGGUGCAAGAGGUUACACUGGGAAGAAUUUGAUCGCUUUAAUUAACAACCAUCCAUAUUUAGAGGUUGCUCACGUUUCCUCUCGUGAAUUGGCCGGUCAAAAACUUCAAUACUAUACUAAAUCUGAAGUUACCUAUGAGAACUUACAACCUGAAGACAUUAAGAAAUUAGAAGCCGCAGGUGAAGUGGAUUUCUGGGUCAUGGCUUUACCAAAUAAGGUCUGUGAACCUCUUGUUGAGGCUAUUGAAAGUGUCGGUGGUAAGUCAAAAAUCAUUGACUUAUCUGCUGAUCAUAGAUUUGUUCCUGAAACUGAAUGGGUUUAUGGUUUGCCUGAAUUAAAUAACAGAGAAAGACUAGCUGAUGCUAAGAAGAUUGCUAACCCUGGUUGUUAUGCCACCGGUUCUCAAUUAACCAUUGCUCCAUUGAGAGAAUACAUUAACGGAUUACCAACUGUAUUUGGUGUUUCUGGUUACUCUGGUGCCGGGACAAAACCAUCUAACAAAAAUGACCCUAAGUUCUUGAACAACAACUUGAUUCCAUACGCAUUAACAAACCAUAUUCAUGAACGUGAAAUUUCAACAAGAAUGGGCCAUGAGGUUGCUUUCAUGCCUCAUGUUGGUCAAUGGUUUCAAGGUAUUUCCUUGACUAUCUCCAUUCCUAUCAAGAAGGGUUCUUUGACUGCUACUGAUGCAUUCAAUCUAUACAAGAAAUUCUACGCAGGUGAAAAACUUGUUCAUGUUAUUGAAGACGUACCACUAGUAAAGGACAUUGAAGGUACUCAUGGAGUUGUCAUUGGUGGAUUCAAAGUAAAUGAUUUGAAGGAUCGUAUUGUCGUUUGUGCCACUAUCGAUAACUUAUUGAAGGGUGCAGCUACUCAAUGUUUGCAGAAUAUCAACUUGGCCAUGGGUUAUGGAGAAUACGCUGGUAUCCCAGAGAAUAAGAUUAUUCAGUAA